UUUAUUUCUAUCUGUGUGCUGCCGAGUUCCCGACACAUGUAAACACUCUCGGUCCUGAUCGGUUGCUGUGUCUUUGUCCUUUUCUGUUCGAACAGAAAAAUCAUGCAGCUGCGCUCGUGCUGUGUUUACAGCGCAGGAGUCCUCUGCGUGCUGCUGUUAAUCGCCGGGAUUGCGAUGGCUUUGGCGCAGGUCUUCCAGAAGCUCAUAAACAACAGAAUAAAGGAGCAAGUAGUUCUGGAAAAUGGAACGGAGGCGUUUUCGGUUUGGCAAACCCCACCACCGCCGGUUCACAUGCAAUUUUAUUUCUUUAAUCUGACCAAUCCUGCAGAGGUUCUGGAAGGAGACAAACCUCUCGUCCAGCAGAUCGGCCCGUACACGUACAGGGAGCAUCGGCCGAAGGAGGAAGUGAAAUUUUUGGACAACGGAACCAGAGUAGCGGCUGUCAAUCCCAAGACAUAUGUGUUUGAGCCCAACAUGUCACGGGGAUCUGAGGAUGACAUCGUCCGAACGGUUGACAUCCCUGUUGUGACCGUGAUGGAGAAAUACAAAGACACUGUCUUGAUCAGUCGCAUCAUCUCUGACGUGAUGAAAGCAAAGGGCAUCGGCAUGUUCAGGACGUUUAGAGUCGGUGACCUGCUGUGGGGUUAUGAAGAUCCGCUGCUCAAAGAACUCAAACAGUUUGUGUCCGAUGACCACUUUGGACUUUUCUACAAGAAAAAUGGCACCGAUGACGGUGAUUAUAUUUUCUUGACCGGGAAGCAGAAUUAUCAGGAUUUUUCUCGUAUAGAUGAGUGGAACGGACAGAGUACGUUGAACUGGUGGAGUACAGAAGAGUGUAACAUGAUCAACGGCACCGACGGAGCGUCUUUCCAUCCCAUCAUCACAAAAACUGAGAAACUCUAUAUAUUCUCCUCUGAUCUGUGCAGGUCUAUAUAUGCCCAGUAUGAGUCUGACGUGAGCGUACGAGGGGUUCCCGGUUUCCGUUUUGUCCCACCCAGCGAGGUGUUCGCUAAUAUUACGAUUAACCCGGAUAACGCAGGCUUCUGCGUGCCGGCUGGGAACUGUCUCGGCUCCGGCCUCCUCAACGCUAGUGUCUGCAAAGAAGGUGCGCCCAUCAUCAUGUCCUCCCCUCAUUUCUACCAGGCAGAUGACAAAUUAGUCCAGGAUGUGAUCGGGAUGAAUCCCAAAAAGGUGGAGCACGAGACAUUCAUUGACGUCAACCCGCUCACUGGACUGUUGCUUCGUGGUGCGAAGCGUCUUCAGGUGAACGUCUACCUGCAUCAGAUCCCAGCGUUCAGUCAAACUGAGAAGAUCCAGACGCUGGUGUUUCCAGUGAUGUACCUUAAUGAGAGUGUCGUUAUUGAUGAGGAAUCGGCCAAGAAGCUGUACGCAGUGGUUACGGAGGCGAACGUGAUCAUCAACAUCCCCUUCAUAGUGAUCAGUGUAGGCAUCUUACUGGGCGUCAUCUUCAUCGUGUUCAUGUGCCGCCAGCAGACGCCAACGAACUCCGAGCAGGAGCCCUUGAUUUCAUCAUAAACUCCCGGACGUCAUGAUAAACUAACAUGCAUUUAGACAUUGAGCUUGAUUUAAUGAUUAGGUUCAAGGAGCAUCGGUGUAUGCGGCAGACGACUCAAAGUGCAAAGUUCGUCUCAGGUCACCUGGCCUUCGGAUCUUCCAAACGUGUUUUAAAUCCAUUUAAUGCAAUACUUUAGACAACUGAUCAUCUCAGAACCAAACAGUGCAUGUGUGUCCAAAUUAGCCAAUGAGUUUUAUGUCCAAAAACUGAAUUACAGUACAUCAGAAAACACUAAUCGAGUGACGGCAGACGUGAUGCAACACAUUACACAUCACCGCUCGUGAUACUGAUUUCACCUGUACACAUCACAACUAUAUUUAUACACUUAUGCAACUGCAAUGAGCUAAUCUGGCAAAUAAACUGACAGCGUUGCUAAUUCAGUCUGAUUUCGGUAAUAAUAAUGAGUCUGGCAGUCAAUAAUGUGCCUCACAAUCAUUUUAAAAUCACUAAAUCUAUUUUUAAAAUGACCAAAUGACUUGGUUUGCUGCUAUGAUGUAAUUGCACUUGUUGUCUCCUCUGCCAUAUUUUCUUAGAUGCAAACCAAGCUUUUGAUGGAACAUUGGCUAAAUAAUGUUUUUAGUCGAUUAAUAACACUUUUACCGUAUUUCUAACAUAUGACUACGAUUUAAACUCAAUACGCAACUCUAGAAUAACAGCCUUGAUUUCAUGGUUUCUCAAGUAUAGUAUUACCACCGCAUUGAAAAUAUAUAGCUUGAACUUUGUUUAUUCCGAAUUGGUUUAGCACAUUUCCAUGCAUUGAUCUGUCAGCGAAGGCUAGUUUUUAUUUGUGUUUGUGUUUAUUAAAGCUCAAGUCCUGCCUGA